AUGGGAUUUUUUGAUCACCUUCAGAAAGGCGGCGCCUUCUCUCUGCAGGCUCAGAAGCCACAGAUUCGCAAAGUUGUUCAGACACGGCCCGCCUCUCUCUCAAGAUCCUCAUCGCAUACCGCAGUCCGACCAUCAUCGCAGAUUUCACCUCCAGAGAAGACCAAGAGAGCACGAGACUCGACGAGCAGGUCCACCUCGGGGGAUUCUGAUCGCCGUCCUUCUAAACGUCUCAGUACCCCUUUGCGAACCAAGAAGCGACCCACGCCAGAACAACGGCUAUCGAGCGAUGACGACGAUGCGAGUGACACGGAUAAUUCCUUUGAGUUGCGCAAGCGAGCAAGGACGGAUGAUAGCGCAGAGCCUGACCUUUCAAGGCGCAUACGUUCCCUGAAAGCCUUCUCUGAAGAGAAUGUCAAACCACUGCCAUUAGUCCAUGCUGCAGAUAUCGUAUCCAAGCAAAAAGCUGCUGGGAACUUCAAACGAGCGUUCAGUGGAGCGAGCGGGCCAACGGAGAUCCUUCUGCAGUAUCCCAGUGCUUCGCGAAAAGAAAGAUAUAAUCUUAUUGUACCGCGCGACAACGACGACUUCAAACCCACCGAUGAUAUUGUCCAUGUUAUUGACAUCGUUUCCGAAAACUAUAUCCCUGAAACUAAAGCAGACGCCUUCAACAAUGAAUCUACGGGCAUUCGACGGAGGUUGCGCCGAGCACUUGCCCAUUCAUCCGAACCUGAGUUCCGAGAAGCUGUCGCCGAUUACAACCAUGAAAUUGAACGGUUGAGGCGUGAUGGAUCCAUCGCGAGGCAUCUGGACUCGAUGCAUCGACUGAGCCUGCCGCUGGUGGAGCGCAUAUUGACCCAAAUAUACGCGCGUACGGUAUCUCCUCGGGUCGACGCUCUUCGUCAGUACGAGAACGGAACGGAUAACGUCUACGGAGAACUUUUGCCUCGAUUUAUUAGUACAAUCUUCAAGGAGACGGGACUGAAGUCGGGACAAGUGUUCGUCGACUUAGGAUCCGGAGUCGGAAAUGUCGUUCUGCAAGCCGCGCUGGAAAUCGGGUGUGAAAGUUGGGGCUGUGAGAUGAUGGCCAAUGCUUGCGAGCUGGCGGAAAUCCAGCAAACUGAAUUCAGAGCACGAUGCCGGCUGUGGGGGAUUGCGCCAGGGAAAACACACCUUGUCCGUGGUGAUUUCUUGCAAGAACAAAGCAUUAUCGAUGUUUUGAAACGCGCAGACGUUAUCUUGAUCAAUAAUCAAGCAUUUACGCCUCAGCUCAAUAACGAAAUUAUCAACCACUUUUUGGACAUGAAAGAGGGCUGUCAGAUUGUGUCGCUCAAAUCUUUUGUUCCUGCGGGCCAUAAGAUACAGUCUCGCAAUGUAUACUCUCCGAUCAAUCUUCUGAAGGUCAAACAACUGAACUACUGGUCGAACAGUGUCAGCUGGACCGAUGUUGGUGGCACAUAUUUCAUUGCAACCAAAGACAGUUCCAGGCUUAAGGCUUUUGCUGAGACUAUGGAGUAA